AUGCCUCACGUAUCCGCUGCUCGCUACGGCAAGGACAAUGUCCGCGUCUACAAGGUCCACCGCGACCAGUCCACUGGUGUCCAGACUGUUGCUGAAAUGACCGUCUGUUGUCUGCUCGAGGGUGACAUCGAGACCUCCUACACUAAGGCCGACAACAGCGUCGUUGUCGCGACCGACUCCGUCAAGAACACCAUAUACCUGCUUGCCAAGCAGAACCCCGUCACACCCCCGGAGUACUUCGCCUCUCUCCUGGGCUCGCACUUCAUCAAGAAGUACAGCCACAUCCACGCUGCCCAUGUCAAGAUCAUUACCCACCACUGGGAGCGCAUGACCAUUGACGGCAAGCCUCACCCCCACAGCUUCGUCAAGAACGCCGGCGAGACCAGGAACGUCGAGGCCACCAUCAGCCGCAAGGAUGGCAUCUCCAUCACCAGCAGCAUCGUCGGCCUUAGCGUCCUGAAGAGCACCGGGUCUGCGUUCCACGGCUUCGUCCGCGACGAGUACACCACUCUGCCCGAGACCUGGGACCGGAUUCUCUCCACCGACGUGGACGCUGGCUGGACGUGGAAGACGUUUGGCACUCACGAGGCCGUCAAGGCCAGCGUGGGUAAGUUCGAUAAGGCCUGGGAGGCGGCCCGUGACAUCACCCUCAAGCGGUUUGCUACGGACGACAGCGCCAGUGUCCAAGCCACCAUGUACAAGAUGUCCGAGGACAUCCUCGCUGCUGUUCCGGAGACGGAAACCGUCACAUACGCUCUCCCCAACAAGCAUUACUUUGAAUUAGACCUGAGCUGGCACAAGGGCAUCAAGAACACGGGCACGGAUGCAGAGGUAUACGUUCCUCAGUCAGGCCCCAAUGGUCUCAUCAAAUGCUCAGUGUCUCGCGGCGACCAACCCAUCAAAUCCAAGCUGUAG